AUGGAUUCAAAUGAUACUACUUCAAACCAGAGCUGUGAUGUGUUCGUCUUCCAGAAAGCAGCUCCCAUCCUUUUUCCUAUUUUUUACAUAGUGGUGCUUCUAAUCAGUAUCUCAGGAAACAGUCUGGUCCUGUACAUCACCUGCCAAAAGAAACAAAAGUUCAACUCCACCUCUCUAUACCUGGCCAACUUGGCCAUCUCUGAUACCCUCUUCACCCUUGCUCUGCCAGGAAGAAUUGUCUACUACAUUCGUGGGUUUAACUGGCCCUUUGGAGAUUUCCUCUGUAGGUUGACUGCUACUCUGUUCUACAGUAACACUUAUGCCGGUAUCGCCUUCAUGACCUGCAUCAGUGUGGACCGCUACCUGGCCAUGGUGCACCCUCAACGCUGCUUGAGGUUGAGAAAGGUGAGAGUGGUGCGGCGGGUUUGUGCCAUUGUCUGGUUUGUUGUCCUUCUACAGACUUUCCCUUUGCUCUUUCGGAAAAUGGUGGAGGACAGGGAGGACAGGCAGACGUGCAUGGAGUACACCAACUUUGAUGGAUCUCCUCUAAUGCAUAGUCUGCUUCUGUUGGCUUGCGUAGUUGGCUUCUGUGUGCCACUGGGACUCAUCUUGUGUUGCUACACCCUGAUAAACCUCAUGCUCUCCAAGACAGCCAGGGAGAACGCCGUGGCCAACAGGUCAGGGCGUAGUCGCCAGGCCAAGAGUGUAAUCUUGUUGAUUCUCUUGAGCUUUGUGGUUUGCUUCAGCCCUUACCACAUCAACAUCAUGCAGUUCAUGGUGCGCAGGCUGCUUUACGAGCCCAGCUGUGAGGAAAGGAGGGCUUUUAAAAUCUCACUCCAGGUUACUGUCUCCUUGAUGAAUGUCAACUGCUGUCUAGAUCCCGUCAUCUAUUUCUUUGCUAUUAAGACAUACAAGCAGAGAGUGAUGAGUCUCUUCAAGGGCUAUCUGUCCACGUCAGUUUCUUCAAAGAGCAUGCCUGAGAACAGCAGCAGCAACACCUGA